GUUCAUUCUUUGAGUGUGGCAGCAGAAUCAGAGUCCAGCAGAGUCCAGCAGGGAGUCCAGCAGAGUCCAUCAAACGUCUCAGCAGAACAUGAUCUUAAUUUUCUUCAUAGUUUUUCUUCCAGCAGCUCGACUCCAGGAUCCCCAGGAUCGCCAUGACCAGUGUCCCGGCGGCUCCUGUAAUCCCCAGCUUGGUGACUUGAUGUUGGGUCGAGCGACUCAGCUGUCAGCCACAUCCACCUGUGGCCUGGAUGGACCACAGAAAUACUGCAUCCUUGGAUACCUGGAGGAGGAGCAAAAAUGUUUCACAUGUGACUCUCGUCUGCCUUACAAUCGUCAUGGAAAUCCCAACAGCCACCGCAUUGAGAACGUCAUUACAACCUUCGACCCUGAGAGAAAAAUGAAGUGGUGGCAGUCUGAGAACGGAGUUCAUCAGGUCAGUGUCCGGCUCGAUCUGGAGACCGUGUUCCAGUUCAGUCAUCUGGUUCUCACCUUCAAGAGUUUCCGUCCAGCGGCCAUGUUGGUUGAGCGAUCAAAAGAUUUCGGACGGAGCUGGAAGGUUUUUCGUUACUUUGCAGAAGAUUGUUCACUUUGGUUCCCUUCUGUUUCUAAUCGGCCAGCCGUAAGCAUUGACGACAUCGUCUGUGACAGCAGAUACUCUGGAUCAGAUCCGUCAACCGACGGAGAGGUGGUGCUGAAAGCUCUAGAUCCCAUCUUUGAAUUAGAAAACCCGUACGCAUCGAACAUCCAAGAUCUCAUCACCCUGACAAAUAUCCGUGUUAACUUCACUCGUCUCUUCACCUUGGGCGACACUCUGCUGGGUCGAAGACGCAGGAACCCUCAGGACAAAUAUUACUACGCUCUAUACAACAUGGUGGUCAGAGGUAGCUGCUUCUGUAACGGACAUGCCAGCCAGUGUACACCAGUGGACGGAGGACGAGGGGACGUCUUCGCUCAGACUGGCAUGGUUCACGGCCGAUGUGUUUGUCAGCACAAUACAGCUGGAGAGAACUGUGAGAGAUGUCAGGACUUUCACCACGACUCCCGCUGGAGGUCUGGAGGGGAAAACACAGCCAACACCUGCAAGAGAUGCAACUGUAACGGUCACUCGGACUCUUGUCACUUCGACGCCACUCGUUUUGAAGCGACAGGCAGGCUGAGCGGCGGCGUGUGUGAAGACUGCCGCCAUGACAGGAUCGGGUCUCAGUGUGAACGAUGUCGGCCUUUUCUGUAUCAAGAUCCACAAAGAGAAACAGACGACCCGCACGCCUGCAUACCAUGUGACUGCGACCCAGCUGGUUCAGAGGAAGGAGGUCUGUGUGACGCUCUGAGCGGCAAAUGUGUCUGUAAAGAAAACGUGGAGGGUCAACGCUGCGAUCAAUGCAAAUAUGGCUUCUUCAAUCUGAGACGGGACGACCCCACCGGCUGUCAGGUGUGCAGGUGCCAUGUUUUAGGAAGUGUUGGGUCAUGUGAUCAGCUGACAGGAAGUUGUGGAUGUGUCCAUUUGGCCAGCGGUCCUCUGUGUGAUCAAUGUCUGGCAGGUUUCUGGGGUUUGGGAAACUCCGUGUUCAGAUGUUCACCAUGUGACUGUGAUGUUGGAGGAGCUCACAGCAACACGUGUUCUCCGGAGGAUGGACAAUGUCAUUGUUUACCCAACAUGGUGGGUCGGCGCUGCUCUGACCCCGCCCCAGGGUACUUCCUGCCUCCACUGGACUACUUCCUGUACGAGGCAGAGCUCGCCGCUCCAUUGCAUGGAGGAACCUCUUCUUCUCCUUCUACUACUCCUCCUCCUUCACCGUCUUCUUCAUCUUCUCUGUUGGACCCGGUUGUUUUACCUCAGUGUAAGAAGUAUUACAGAGAGCAGGGUUACGACUUUAAGUUCACGAACGGAAGACUGGUUCUGGUUCGGAGGACUCGACACCUCGCCCGCUGGCGGAGACAGGGACAGCAGAACAGCCUUCCUCUGGAUCAGGGUCAUGCCCUUCAGAUCAUUCCCCGUCAGAGGAAAGCUGAUCAGCCGAUCACCUGGACCGGCCUGGGAUUGGUCAGAGUGUUCGAGGGGGAGGGGCUUAGGUUCACUGUGGACAACCUCCCAUCAACGAUGGAUUACCAGCUGGUUAUUCGCUACGAGUCCGAGUCUCCGUUGGAUUGGCUGGCUUCAGUCAGCAUCGUCACAGUGUCACUGGUUCCCGGCGGCUGCAGCAGUGACCCAAUCGGAAGUAAAACUCUAAUUCUUCCUGGAAACUCCAGAGGGGGUAUUCUCGACCGUCUGGUGUGUCUAAAUGCAGGCGGUCAGUACUUUGUGGAUGUUGUCUUUAACAAACAGUCCGGAUCAGACGGCCUCUCCAGCUCACACAUACUGAUCGACUCGUUGGGUCUGAUUCCCAGCAACAAGGCUGUCCAAGAUUUCUGCUCCCAGAGUGACCUUGACUCUUUCCGCCACUUUCACUGCAUUGGAUUGGCUGUUGAGCUCCGCCCACAAGAGACGCUGCCACAAGUCUGUGAGGGACUCAUCAAGAGCAUGUCAGCACGAAUACACAACGGAGGUGUUCUCUGCAGGUGUAACGUUGUUGGCUCUCUUGGACCAUCCUGCAGUAAACUGGGAGGUGUCUGUGAAUGUAAGCCCAAUGUGAUUGGCCGUUGCUGUGAUACAUGUGCACCACUGACAUUUGGUUUUGGACCCGAUGGCUGCAAACCAUGUGAGUGUGACCCUCGUGGUUCGGUGUCAGAGCUUUGCGAUCAGGUCAGAGGUCAAUGUGUGUGUCGUUCAGAGGUCACAGGUCAACGCUGCGAUCGCUGUCAAACAGCAUUCUGGGGUUUCCCUUCCUGUCAACCCUGUCAAUGUAACAAGCUGUCGGAAGUGUGUGACGAACAAACCGGAGAGUGUCUGAGCUGCAGGGAGCACGCCACCGGACCAAUGUGUGAAAGGUGUGUGGAGGGUUACUAUGGUAACCCUGUCUCCAGUCAGCCCUGUGCCCUGCCUGUGUCCAGAAGUUCCAAACAGUGGACGAUUUUCGCCACUUCAUGCCAACACGACCCACAAUCCCUCAGUCUCACCUGUAACUGCAGGGAGGGACACACAGGUCCACGCUGCGAUAGAUGCAGCCCUGGUUUCUAUGGCGACUUGGGGUUGCCAGGUGCCAGCUGUGAGGAGUGUCCCUGCAACAACAACAUAAACCCGGGUGACCCCAACGCAUGCGACCGCCUAACAGGAGAAUGUCAGCGCUGCCUCUACAACACAAUGGGACCACGCUGCCAAGACUGCAAACCUGGUUACUACGGCAACGCCCUGGACCAAGAUUGCAAAGAGUGCUCUUGUGACCGGCGGGGGACAGAGGUGACUCAGUGUCCUCUUGGGAGUCCUUGUUUCUGUAAUUCAAGGACAGGACAGUGUCCCUGCAGGACGGGGGUGGUGGGACUCCUUUGUGACCAGUGUGUGGACGGAUACUGGAACCUGCACGGUGCUUCGGGGUGUCAAGCCUGCAGCUGUGAUUCUGUUAACUCCUUCUCCAACAUCUGCAACAAGGUGACGGGACAGUGUCCAUGUCGUCCUGAGUUUGGAGGAAGACAGUGUGACGAGUGUGGAGAAAAUCAUUUUGGGAAUCCGGACCUGCAGUGUAUCUCUUGUGACUGUAACGUUGAGGGAACUGAGCGUCCGUCAUGUGACCCUGAAACCGGCGAGUGCAUCUGUCGGGUCGGUGUCACCGGCAUCUUCUGUGAUGAGUGCGCCCAUGGCUACCACUCAGUGUUCCCGGCCUGCGAGGAGUGCCAUCCAUGCACCGCUCUCUGGUCCAGAGACGUCACCGAUGUCAAGCGAGCGGCCCUGAUGAUGAGAACCUUCAUUCCUCACCAUGGCUAUGACAACACCUGGCCCGGCAACAGUCGCCACCAGCAACAGAUGCUGAAGAUGCACUCCAGUUUGGACAGCGUAACCGACUUGAUGGGACUCUCCCUGCCAAAGCUGGAGAAGCUGGAAAAACUGUGUGCAAAGAUGGGGAAGAUGCAAGACGCCAUUGACCCGAAUGUGAUACUGAUCGACCUGUCUCCUCUCCUAAACACUGAAAUCGACAACAUUCGUCUGGAGUUCAAGAAGCUGCAGAACAACUUGAAAUCAAAACUCAUCGAGGAUCCGGACGAUGAAGACGAAUACCCGGACGAGCUGCUGAAUGAAAUCAAAAAGCUUCAUGAAGCCUUCAUGUUGGGCGAGAAGAGACUGAGAAAUGCCAACAAAGCUCUGGAGGACUCCAUGGACACCAGACAGGAAGCCAAACAUAAACUGAGCAUGUGCAGCAGCAGAGGAGACAUGGCGUCGCUGGAGAAGAAGGUCCAAGAGCUAAGCGUGCUCAAGCUCAACCGAGUGAUCUGUGGAGGACCAGGUCUGGAGGACUGUUCAGGAUGUGGUGGAGCUCUGUGUGGUCUGGAUUCGGGAAAAAGGAAAUGUGGAGGUCCAAACUGUGACGGAGUCAUUCCAGUCAGUCAGAAAACUUCAGAGACAGCAGAGAGAGUGAAGCAGCAACUCAUCACUCUCCCAUUCAGUCUGCAGGAGUCCAAGAACAAGAUCAAUGAUGCCAAACAGCAAGCUCAGGACACCAAAGACCAGGCCAAAGACCUCCAGGACCGGAUCAACAAAAACAUAGACUCUCUCAAGGGAGAGAAAAAUAAAACCAAGGAGCUCAUCCAGCGAGUCAAAGAUUACCUCAUAGAUGAGAUGGUUCCUCCAGAGGACAUCAAGAAAAUGGCCCAAGCUGUUCUGGACAUCCACCUGCCAAAAUCACCAAAUCAGAUCCGGUCAAUGAUCAAUGACAUCAAUAAUCUGCUGUCCAACACGAACAACCCCCCCAAGAACCUAGAGGAGCCCACAAAGACUGCCCAGACCCUGCGGCAGAAAGCUAAGGAACUCAAGGAGCAGACAAAGAACAUUGAUGUGACAGAGAUCAGCAGAGAUAUUUAUGAAGCAGAGGAAGCUCAGGAUAAAGCCAACGACGACCUGGACACAGGCAGCCAACACAAAGACAUCGCCAAAGACCGAAUCCAAGACAUGAAAAAAAAACUAGACGACAUCGAGACAAAGCUGAUGAAUCGUCGACCUGAAGAUCUGCAGGACGAGAUCGAAGCCCUGAGGAGGAAAACUGAACAGAACAGAGAGGCGGCCAGAGACGCCCGAGAGGCUGCAGACUCUGCUUUAAACCAGACUACUGACACAGAACCAGAGCUGGAUGAUGUGAUGAGGCUCUUUGAGCUCCUGAACCAGAAAAAGUCCAAUGAGACAGUUGAAGGUGAAGCUGGAGAACGACUGAGGAAGAUGAUGGAGGAGGCAAAGAAGAUGAAGGAUCAGGUGGAGGACAAACUCCUACAGCUACAAGAUCUGGAGGAGAAGAUCCAGCUGCUGAUCAAGAAUAAAGAGGCCAAAGCAGCUGAGGUCUCCAUGUUGUUAGAAACUGUGGAUUCAAUUAGACAGGAAAUCUCCAAACGAGCUGAAGGAUACGCCAUCUGUACUUCAUAA